AUGGUGGAUGGGACAUAUCCUAUGAUCGGUAAUACCAAUCAUGUCAACGAGAACUAUCCCGAUCUUGUUAAUAGAAGACCUGGAAUAAAAAGUGUUUCACCAAGAAUUAGUAUGGAAGAAAAUAGUCCAUUGAUAGAAGGCGGUAUUCAAGAGGGGCCUUUCAACGGUUCCAUUCCAACACUCACCGGUCGAACUUCCUUCAAUUCUGAAUUCACAAUGUAUUGGGUUGCUACAGCAAGUUCUCUUAUGUUCACCUCGACAGUUUGGUAUAUCGUGUUAAGUGCCGAACAUGAAUUUUUUAUAUGGCACCCAAUUUUUAUGUCAACCACUUUAUUUCUCUUGACUCAAGGUCCUCUUUUGCUUCAAACAGCCGAAACGCGAGAGGAAAAGGAAAAAGGUCUCAAUGUUCAUAGGUCAAUUCAAUCUCUCGCCUUUUUGACUGGAAUCUGUGGAUUCUAUAUUAUUUAUACAAAUAAAAAGGAUCAUAACGCUGAACAUUUCACAUCUGCUCACGGAAUGUUUGGAGUGCUUACUCUCUCACUUAUAUUCAUCCAAGUAUUGGGAGGGGCAUUGGUAGUUAAUGCCCCAGCUCUAUUUGGCGGUGUUGCUCGUGCUAGAGGAAUAUAUAAAUAUCAUCGCAUCUCUGGUUAUACUAUUUUACUUUUCGCUUGGCUCACGGCUUUGGGUGGUACUCAAAGGGAUUGGGUAACAGACCGUUUUAAUCAUAUUUGGUUCUGGCUUUUGGCCUUUACCUUAACCUGGAUUGGUAUUGGUAGUCGUGUAAAGCUUAACAAAAUGAAAGUUUUGUAA